AUGACUAUCUCGCGGCCAGAUAUUAUGUAUGCAGUUGGACUGGUUAGCAAAUUUAUGGAAAAGCCAAAACAAGAUCAUUGGAUUGCCGCAAAGAGAAUUUUGAGAUACAUCAAAGGUACGAUGGAUUAUGGUCUCUUUUAUACACACUUUGAAAAAUCAAAAUUGAUUGGUUACUUAGACAGUAAUUAUGGGAAAGACUUGGAUGAUCGAAAAAGCACAUCCAGAUAUUUAUUCCAUCUUGGCUCAGCAGCAUUUUCAUGGUCAUCAAAGAAACAACAAAUUGUUGCUCUUUCAACAUGUGAAGCAAAAUAUAUAAUUGCGACAGCAUGUACCUGCCUAGCAGUUUGGUUGAAGAAUAUUUUGGAAGAAUUAUUUUUUGCUCAAGAAAAUCCGAUCACAAUUUAUGUUGACAAUAAGUCUACCAUAUCACACGCGAAGAAUCCGGUGUCGCACAGUCGAAGCAAGUACAUUGAUGCAAAGAAUCAUUUUAUCCGAGAACAAAACAGUGGAGAACAAAACAGUGGAGUUAGUCUAUUGUCGCACUGA